AUGAACAUCGCGAUCGAAUCAUGUACCAGCGACCGCACUGCCUUACAAAGACCUCUGCGACUCGUCAAAAUCGGGCCCUGGGGCGUCUUCCUAUACCUUGGUCCCUUGGCUUCGGUGGGCGUGUACAAACUAUGUACCAGCGACAGGUUUUGCAUUGUUCCCAUGUUGUUCCUAAACUUGGAUUGUGCUUGGCCAGAUUAA